UAUAAAUAUAUUUAGAUCAUGACCACGAGUAUUUAUGUGAUCGAAACGUGAAAUAGAAUUCUUUUAUAUUCCUGAUGCUUUUUAUAAUGUGAGAUUUUACAAGAAAAGUUUGGGAAAAUAUACAAACAAAUUUUUUUUGGAGUACUUGAUAUGAUAUUGAAUACGUAAAUGGCUGUUUUCCCGUUAAGAAAUAUGUCAACAAAUUCAUUAAAUACAACAACGAAUGAAGUGACUCCUGAUGGUGAUGAAACCGAUAAACCUCCGUCAAGUUAUCAUGUUGCUUUGUAUGAAAUAAUUGCAUUGUACUGUUCGAUUACAUUUCAUAUUAUCGAUGUUAUUUUGGAUGUAAAUGUUGCUGUACGAUAUUUUUAUAAUGGACAGUUUAUUUAUUUUACACUCACGAUUGCAUUCAUUUUUAUACCAGCGUUAAUCAACACUGUUUUUAGUAUAACUAUGUACAUUAAUGAUGGACAAACUCAAUGCAUAUCAAGGCGAGCCACAAAAGUGAAAAUAUUAUGUGCCUUAAUAUUAAUAUUACAAUUAGCUCCAAUAUUACGAUAUUGUCAAUCGUUAGAGUACGCAAAAAAAUGUCGACGGGCUGAGAAGGAACAUGAUUUGGAUAAUCAGAAAAAGUAUUAUGAGUUAAUGUUAAAAGAGGAUAGUGAUGUGUCACUAUUACGAGUAAUUGAAUGUUUUUUGGAAGCGGCCCCACAACAAAUUUUACAAAUUACCAUUUUGUUAGUGGAUUAUGGGCAUGGAUAUAGUACAAUUGCCUUAAUACAUAAUUUGGGAUCGAUAAUUAGCUCAUUUGUAAGCAUGGCAUGGUCAUUGGCGUCGUAUCACCGAUCAAUUCGAUUUCCACAAAAAUCAAAGUUAAAUAUAUCAUGGGCUGGUACUGUUUUACAGUUUUUAUGGCAUAUUUUGGUUACAGUUUCACGAAUUUUAUCCAUAUCCGUAUUGGCAAGUGUGAACUAUACAUACACCACAUAUGGUCUGAUCGCACAUUGGAUGAUAAUGACAUUAUGGAUAUCAAUGUCAGAAAAAUGGUAUUUUUGUAAUAAUAAACAAAUUUUAGAUAUGUUAGUGCAAUUUAUUUUUGGUUUAGUUUAUAUAUUUACAUUUAUUUCGCUGUCGGAUGGUAAAACGAAAUGGAAAUAUAUGUUUUAUUAUGCAAUAUGUUUUGCUGAGAACAUGUUCGCCGCGUUUUUUUGGUUUUUUACAGCCGACGAACGUUUAUUACAAACUGUUUACUAUCAGCCAUUAAUUUAUUUAACAACAAUACCAUUUUUGGUUGGUAUUGUUAUAAUGAUCUUAUAUUAUAAAUGGUUUCAUCCAACGGCUAGAUAUUCUAGUUGUAAGAAAAUUUCUGAGCUUCGAGAUGAAAAUAUUAUUGUUCGAUUAUAACACUUUAUAUUUUCUGUUACACGAUGUAUGUCUAUUCACACGCUAUUAUUAUGAUAACUAGUCUCUUCUCAAAAAAAUUAUUUACGUAAAAUAGUGUGCCAUCUUCAGCUUAACUCAACUCAAUUGUCAACACUUCGCACAAACAACGUCGUAGGAUUCAAAUCUUGCGUUUAUUUUGGAGCACUUAGGAAGGGAUUUAGCUUACCAUGUCAAUGCAAAGCAAUGGACGGAGGUGUUUUGAAAAAAUGUGUCAUGUUUAAAACUAGGAUCCAUUUAAUAAAAUAUUCACACCCGAAAUUUUCUUGUUUUCUUAAUAGUUUUUCUUUUCGGCGUUGAAUGAAAAUAGUUUUUUUGCUCAUUUUUGUAAUAAAAGACACCUCUUGAGUGCGUUCCUCCCGAUUGAUUUAAAUGCCGUAGAGUACUGUCGUAGAAGCGCAUUUUUUAAAGCUCAUUUUACUUUUGGUAAUUUUUGGUUCAAACUUUUCAUCUGAUGAAAGUGAUAGAAAUGCAAAGAUGAGUUACAGCAGUUGGAAAAAUGAGCUCAUCUUUUUUUUCUCAAAGUUGAGUCAUAUUUAUUGCAAAAAGUCUCAUUUCCCCAAAUUUUUCCGACGUUAUUAGUGACUUUUAAAUCACCCUUUUUUAAAAUUACCAAAGUUAUAAAGAGCUUAAAAUUAAAAGUCCUACUGUUUUCAAUCAAAUAACGCAUGUUUGAUUUGUCUAUAUUUUUUUAUAUGAUAGUUCCAUAACAAUGCGUUUUAAUAUCAAUUUACGUGAAAACCCCGAUCUAGCGUGUGAACAGGCACUCAUUUUUUUAAAAGUAAACACACUACAUUAUUAUUUAACUAAUUACUUACUAUGGAAUUGCCAAAAGUACAGUAUUGAUAAAGGAUUUGAUUCCUGUAUACCUACUGUGCCAAAAGCAUCAGGGAUUUUCUCCAAAUAAACGCAUUUCAUUAAAAAAUUUUAAGUGUGAAAACUGGUUUGCUCGCUUUUUAACUUUUUUUUAUAGA